CAUUCAGCAGAUCUUAGGAAUUUGCCUUUGAUGUGACGAGGUUCGGCGGUGGCUUGACGUCACUUCCGGGACGCGGCUCCGAAAUGGACGACAGUCUUCAGCUGGCAGACGGUGGAUUUACUAAAAAUGUUGCCAGAUCAGGCAGAAGAGCUCGUCAGGCCGCUGAGAUGCUGAGCGCUGAAGACUCUCGUCAGAGGAGAUCAUCUUCGUCAGUCAGUAACGCAGCGGAGGGACCUCCACCGAAACCGGCCCGGCGGCAGGGAGGAUGGGCGGAGGAGAGCACAGGAACCGGAUCUGCCAAGUCCAGACGACAGUCGGCCGCUGAAGAGCUGGAGGACCGGCGACUGAGGCCACAAACCCCCGAGGGCUCCGACAAUGAAAGCGACAUCCCAGUGAUUCCAGACCUGGAGGAGGUUCAAGAGGAAGACCUCACCAUGCAGAUCGCUGCUCCACCCAGUAUCCAGGUGAACAGAGUUAUGACCUACAGAGACCUGGACAACGACCUCAUGAAGUACUCGGCUUUUCAGACCCUGGAUGGAGAGAUUGACCUGAAGCUGCUCACGAAGGUUUUAGCCCCGGAGCAGGAGGUGAGAGAGGAGGACGCGGGCUGGGAUUGGGAUCAUCUGUUCACCGAGGUCUCCUCUGAACUCCAGACGGAAUGGGAUCAAGGAGAGCGGGAAGAUCAGUCUCCGCUUCCUGUGGCCUGAGGAUGGAUUUACACGUCAUGUGUUCAGAUAAUAUUGUUCAUAUUGAAUGUGUUUCUGGACGUGUCAUUGCGUACGCUCUGUGUGUUUCUCAUUAAGGUUAACCUUGCAAACCCAGAAACAUUGCUUUUCUUAACUGGAUCAAUCUGGAGACAUUUGUCACCGUUUGUAGUAUCUGAAAAAAACAAAAACGUAAAUCCAAGGUUAAUGAGCGAGGAAACUAAAAUCCAGUUGAUUGAGUUAAAAUGAACUUUGCACAUCCGAGCAAGCCGGCCUUAUCAUUAUUGACCACACCAUCGACCCUCUGAGCUCGUGCUGUGCUCAUGAGCUUCAUUCCUGUGUUUCUAUCACACCGUGUGGAUUAACCUGCUUCACUUCACACAGAAUAUCAAAGAUAUGUUUAAAUGCCACUAUUUGAAAAAUGUACGUCUCAUGAAAUCAUUCAUAAUCAUUAGUUAAAGCUGAAAUGUUUUAUUGUAUUUUUUUGUUGUUGUUGAUGAUAAUCAGUAUGUAUCUUGUAUACUAUGUAUCUGUUUUUACAGUUUUUCUCAAUCGAUUUGAGACUUUUCUCCAACGCAAUGGAUUUGUUCUCAAAACAUUUAACACAGCUUUAACCAAACAGUUCAGCUUUACUGCAGAAUGAAGCACUGCAUUUUUUCUAGUAAUGCAGUUAUUCAAAUUUAAUAUUAACAUCAAAUCUAUAGCUGUGUUCCCUAUUUAUUAUAAAACACAUUUAGCUGUAGAUGCACAGAUAUGCUAAUGAAAAUACAUGUUUAUUGCAUUUUUUUAACAGGGAGUUUUGUUUUACAUAUAUUGUGUAUAUCUAAACUGAAUGAAAAUUGUUAUUAACACCUGUUAUCAUCCAUGAGAAAAAACAAAUUGCCCUUUUAAACUACAAAUCUGUUUGUGCAAGAACUGCAAACAAACUUUUCUGAAAACUACAGAUCAGUCUUUUACAGCACAGUGGUGGAUAUAUAUAUAUAAUUUUUAAUUUGUAUGAAAUGAAUGAAAACGUUCAAUCUGUUUAGGAAAGUUACAGAUUAUUCAGAUCACUGUGUUAGCUGUUUUGAGAAUUGGCCUGAGUUUGGAGAAGUGUGUCAAAUCCAUCGAGAAAAACUGUAAACGCUUAAAAGGUUGAAAAGGCAUCCAUCAUUUUGACCAGUAGACUGAAAAUAAAAACAGUAAAAAUA